GCUGAACGUGAACACCUAACCGGAAGUUUUCUAGAAUCUAUUUAGCACCGCAGCUAACGCCAUUCUAGUGGUCAAAAAUCGAGUAUUCUGUUAACAGUUUGAUAUUUUAAAUUGUUCGACAAAAAAGAAAAAAUGAUUAAAGCAAUUUUAAUAUUUAACAACCACGGGAAACCGCGACUGAUUAGAUUCUAUCAGUAUUUCACUGAGGAAAUGCAGCAGCAGAUAAUUCGAGAGACUUUCCAUUUGGUAUCAAAGAGGGAUGACAAUGUCUGCAACUUCUUGGAGGGUGGAAGUCUAAUUGGUGGCUCAGAUUACAAACUGAUCUACAGACACUAUGCAACACUGUACUUUGUCUUCUGUGUGGACUCUUCUGAGAGCGAGCUCGGCAGUCUGGGCCUGAUACAGGUGUUUGUGGAAACGCUUGAUAAAUGCUUUGAAAAUGUUUGUGAGCUGGACCUCAUAUUUCACAUGGACAAGGUACACUACAUCUUACAGGAAGUGGUGAUGGGCGGCAUGGUUCUGGAGACGAACAUGAACGAAAUUGUCGCUCAGGUGGAGGUGCAGAACCGCAUGGAGAAGUCGGAGGGCGGUCUGUCAGCAGCCCCAGCUCGUGCAGUCUCUGCUGUGAAGAACAUGAACCUGCCAGAGAUUCCUCGAAACAUCAACAUCGGAGACAUCAAUAUCAAAGUUCCGAGCCUCUCCCCCUUCUGAGAAGUGUCCCGCCUGAGCUCUUCUGGGCUGAUGUACCGAUGACGUUUCUGUUCCUUUUCCACCAAGCUCUAUAGCCAAGACAGAGGAAACCGUUUGUAAUACAGCUCGCAUACCGUACUCCUCUGCAGCCCACUCUCACACUUAUUCCAAUCUUUUCACAUGAACAGGAGAUGAGCUGUAGAGUGAUUUUCCACUUCUGCUUUCUCAACCUGUAGACAAAGCUUACCGCGAUGAAAAUAUGAGGAAUAAUUAGGCCAUCUUCACAUAUCCAUUAUUUCUUGCGUUGUCCGAUGCUCUGCCCGUGAUUUCUGGCCGUGUCUGAAAGAAAAACGACUGCUGGUUCGCCUGCAUAUCACUUCCAAAUCUCCAACAUUCAUCACCGGUUGUUCAGCCUCAGUUUUGAAAACAUUCCCUGCUGUCUGAAGGGGUUCACUGUAAUAUGACCCUGCUGCAGUGUGCUGUAAUGACUUAAACACAUCUUUAUCUCCUGUUCCAACAGAGCGGGGAUCAGACUCCUUAGCUUAGCUUGGCUCCUGUCAUUGUUUAUUUUCCCUUCUCUCUAAUUUAUGGCAUCUCUGACAUUCUUAUGAUUUGUGAAUGAUUUAAUUCUUCUCCAGGGUGCACGCUGCACUCAGGAUACAUAGCUCUGAUUUUCUGAAUGUGUUUUUUGUACAAAGAAAGAGAGAUCCUUCUGUAGCUACGCAAAUAUGGAAAUAUUGUAAAUUUAAAAAAAGGAUCCCCACUGAGUGAGAGAUGAUUCUGAGGUUUAAGAUUUCCUUUUAAUGACGUGUUAGAAUUAGGAUCAAAUCAGAGUUAGUGUAAGGAUUAGGAUCGUUGUGGUAUUACGGUCGGGCGCUUCAGAAUGACUUGUGUCUGUAAAGUGCUCACUAAACAACACUGAGAGAGAGAGAGAGAGAGAGAUAUUUGGUACUAGUGUGUACAUAAAGAAAAUGCUGUCAUCUUGACGACGUGUCUUGGUGGUGACAUUUUGCCCUUUCUCUACUGAGUGAGAGGUUACCAGGUGGGUCAAGAUUUAGUCUGGAGUUAGGAUUUGAGUUCAGGUCAGAUUAGGUAUGUAUUUGUAAUUGUUAUGGUUAAGGGGCAACGGAAUGCUUUAUGUCUAUGAUUUUAAGUGUGUUGUUUUGACUGUGUCCUGUCUGUCUGAUAGAAUCGUCGUGAUUGACAUCCAGACCAAACCUUGUAAGUCAUUUAUUUAACCAUCAAUUCCUGUCAAACCUCCCCGCCGAGAGAUUUAAUAAAUUAAAAUCACAUA